UCAUUGUGUUUUAAAAUUUUUCACUUGGUCAAAUAUUGGCCUCAUACUUUCCCAAGAAAAACUUUUCUUGGUAGUGUAUGUACAACUAAGCAUGCCCUUUUUGCUCCUCAGCCUUUUUUAAACAUUUCUUGGAUGCAUCUGCAACUUUGUUAAAGAUUCUGCAACAACGAGUAAAACCCAAAUCACUCAAAUUAUUCUUUAUUGAUUCUUGAGAUCAAACCCAUGCUUCAUUUCUUUCAACAAAUGAUUGUAGUUGCAAACUUGUAAUUGCAGAUAUGGUUCUUCAUGUUAAGUUAUAUCAUUUUGCAUGACUAACCCAACCAUUUUCUCCUGCAAUAUAGUUGGAAUUUGAGGCUUUGCAUUGAGUUGUAUUUGCCUGAGAGAAUGGAGAAUUUCUUUGUUUCUUUCUGUUUCUUUUUUCCAUCACUCAUAAUCCUUGCUGUGCUUGCUCCUAGUUCAACUGCACAGUUAAGUCCAAUUGAAAACAGAACUCUUUUCCAAAUUCAAAAGCUUCUUGAAUACCCUGAAGCUCUUCAGGGAUGGAAUAAUUGGACCAGCUUUUGUUACCUCCCUCCCUCACCUUCUCUCACGAUUGUAUGCACAAACAAUCAAAUAACCGAGUUUACUGUCAUUGGAAACAAAAGCUCCCCUUCUCAUAGCCCAAAACCAGCUUCUGGGAAAUUCACUGUUUCUCAGCAAACUCUAUCUGAAACAUUCUCCACUGAUUCUUUGUUUACUGUUCUAGCAAAGCUUUCAAACUUGAAGGUGUUGUCACUUGUGUCCUUAGGAUUGUGGGGUCCAUUACCAGCCAAGAUCAAUCGGUUAUGGUCACUUGAAGUGAUAAAUAUUAGCUCAAAUUUUAUUUAUGGAGAGAUUCCUUCAUCAAUUAGUACUUUGAAGAAUCUGACAAGUCUUGUUUUGGCUGAUAAUUUGUUCAACGGAAGUGUACCAGAUCUUAAAAGUCUAGUACUUCUCCAAGAGCUGAAUUUGGGUGGCAACAAUAUUGGACCUGAAUUUCCCUCACUAAGCAACAGUCUUGUAAGUAUAACAUUGAGCAACAAUUCUCUGAGAUCUGAGAUUCCUUCAGAAGUCAAGAACUUUGCUAAGCUGCAACAGUUUGACAUCUCUUCAAACAAAUUUCUUGGUCCAAUCCCACCUUCUCUGUUCUCUCUGCCUUCAAUUCAGUAUCUUAGUUUGGCCCAAAACCAACUAAGUGGGGUUCUUCCUAUGAAUAUAUCAUGCAAUGCUGAGCUCAAGUUUGUAGACAUUUCACAGAACCUAUUGAUAGGAAAAUUGCCAUCCUGUCUGGGAUCAAACUCUUCAAACAGGUCAGUACUAUAUUCAUGGAACUGUUUGUCAAGCAGUAAUUACACAAAGUAUCAACAUCCAUCUCUGUUUUGCAACAAAGAAGCAUUAGCUGUUAAGCCUCCAAACAAAAGCAAAGAGGAGUCCAAAUCCAACAUCAACUUGGGCCUCGUACUUGUUAUCAUUGGAUGUGUGGUGGCAAUUGCUGUGGUUCUUGGAUUGCUGGUUUUGUUCUUUGUCAGAAGGGUAGAAAGGAAUAGAAGUGAUGAUAACAGAUCUGUUGCUGAAAAAAUGUCCAUUCGUAGCUCCUCAAGAUCAUACAUUGAUGCAAGGCGUGUAGCCCAAACAAUAAGGUUAGCAGCACUCGGGUUGCCACCAUAUCGAGUUUUCACAUUGGAAGAGAUUGAAGAUGCAACAAAUAACUUUGACCCAACAAAUUUGAUAGGGGAAGGAUCUCAAGGACAGCUCUAUAAAGGUCGGGUAGGAGAUGGUUCAGUGGUCCUGGUGAAGAGCCUGAAAUUGAAGCAAAAACAUUUGUCACAAAGUUUGAUGCAGCACAUGGAUGUGUUAUCCAAGCUGAGGCAUAGGCAUUUGGUCAGCAUCCUUGGCCACAGUAUUGUCACUUAUCAAGACCAUCCCAAUACAGCUAGCACUGUCUUUAUUGUUCAUGAACACGUCUCAAAUGGAUCACUGAGGGACUAUCUUAAUGAUUGGAGAAAGAAGGAUAUGCUAAACUGGCCACAGAGAAUGGCAAUUACCAUAGGUGUUGCUAGGGGAGUCCAGUUCUUGCACACAGGGAUUGCACCUGGCAUAUUUGGGAAUAAAUUGAAGAUUGAUAACAUUUUGUUGGAUGACAGCCUCACAGCAAAAAUUAGCAGCUACAAUAUUCCCUUGCCAUUUAAGGUAGAUUCAGAGAGCCCCCUCGGUGGACAAGACAAUCAUUUGAGAGCUGAAAUUGCAGAAAAGGAGGAUAUUUAUCAGCUGGGAGUUAUUCUACUUCAGGUUAUUACCGGGAAACUGAUAACAUCAGCUCGUGAAACGAAUGAGCUAAAGCUAGAGCUAGAGAGGGGCUUGACAGAAUCAAAAUUAAGGGCUGCAACCGAUCCCUCCAUUCAAGGAACUUUUGCAUAUCAAUCAUUAAAGACCACAGUUGAAAUUACCAUCAACUGCCUCGGCAAAGAUCCGAGCAAGCGCCCUUCAAUUGAAGAUGUUCUCUGGAAUUUGCAGUACUCAAUUCAAGUUCAAGAGGGAUGGAACAGCAGUGGAAACCUAAGUACCCAGAUGUAGUGCUUUAGUUGAACAAUUUUUAUACUGCUGUAACCGGCCGCAGUCAUGAUGCUUUGUGAUACAAUGAGCAUAUAAAUAACCGUAAAUAUAAUUUCCCUUUACCCUGCA